AUGCCCGUACCAUUUCGAAUCCCCAUCCCCGUCCUCCAUCUUGAAUCCGCCUCAGAUCGCUGGCAGGCGAGGGACAAGAGGAGAAGAGCUGGAGAUAAUAAGCCGCCUCUUACAAACGUUAUCGUCGUCGCUGUCAUUGCCGGCCUCAUUGGCCUUGCCGCUGCAGUUUUCCUAGUCCGCACCCUACGCAAGCGGAAUCCGAACCCGAAAUACAUCCCCACCCCCUUCCUCAAGCGUCUAUGGACUUCCUGGAAGGUCCCCGCCCGCCGCUCGGGUCCCCGCUACGAGCUGUCUCCCGACGAUGAUGCCGACUGGUCAUACACCAGCCCGGGUCGCGCCCCCGGCUCCCAGGCCGCGGUUGGCGAGAUACGGACGGCCCGGCCGAUGGGAGCCGUCCGCAACAGCCGCGUAGCGUCGGCCUCGGCAGCGGCGGCAGCGGCAGCCGGUGACAGUGGCGUCGACCGGAACACCAGCGUCCGCAGCGUGCUGACGCUGCCGGCCUACCGGAUCCAGCCGACCGACACGGAGCAGGUGCUGGGCCGGGAGGGCGAGCGCGACGGCAUCGACGUGGUGGUGGAGCUGCCGACGGCCGAGGCCGACGAGGCCAUGCGCGAGGAGGAGAUGGACGCGCUGUACCAGAUCAGGAUGACCCGACGGCGGCAGGUGGCCGAGCGCGAGGAGCGGCGGCGGAGGCGGCGGGAGGCGCGGGACCGGAACGACCGCGUCGCGCUGCAGGAGCUUGCGCCGCCGGCCCCCGGCGCGAACACGGCCGAGGUGGAGGAGCUGAGGAGGGAGCACGAGCGCAUCAAGGCGACGCGGCAGCGCGCCGUCAGCAGUGUCAGCUACCACGACGUGGGCAUCGCGAGGCACGACGGCACCAGGAUAAGGGCGAACAGCACCGAGAGCGAGCGGGUGGGCCUGCUGAGCGACGCCGCGAGCAUCGCCGCGUCGGCCAACGGCACCACCACCACUUCAACUAAUACAACCGCCACCGGCCCGAGCAGCCUGUUGCACCGCCGGGACUAUAGCAGGAGCUCCGCGCUGAGCAUCGACACCGCCCACAGCUUCGGCGGCGAGCCGCCCGGCUCGCCCGGCCUGGCCACCGCCGGCAGCCACUACAGCCUCCACAGCCAGGCUCGGUCGCGCGCGAACUCGGGGCCCAACACGCCGCGCCUGUCGGGCAUCACCACGCGCCGCGGCUCCAUCAUCCCCGACAGGGCGGGCGCCGAGGAGGCGGACCUCGGGGACGCGGACAUGCCGCCGCACUCGCCGCCGGGGUACGACGACGUGAGCCUCGACGACGGCGCCAGCGCCAAUAAUAACAACAACAGCAAUAAUAAUAACAACGGUAAUGGCAACGGCAGCAGCGGCAGCACCAUCGCUCUCACGCCGGUGAACUCCGGGGGUUCCGGCGCCAACAGCCCCUACAACGAGCCGCCGCCCGACUACCCCGGGUGGCCGACGCGGACGCGGAAUAACAGGCUGUCGGCGCACAUGGCGGACCUGGCGGCCGGGGUGGAGGAGCAGGAGCAGGAGCGGGAGCGGGAGCAGCGCGGGGAGAGGCGCGGGUCGAGGGGCGUGGGCGGCAUCCCACAGCUGCCCAGCCUGAGGCUGAGUCGGCUGCCGCAGAUCGUUAUCGAGCCGUCCAGUGCGAGGCCUGGGGAUGACUAG